CAGGUGCAGGAAGUCCUGUGUGGUGGUUGGCUCUGACUCAAGCCAGUUUAGACAGAACAGUUCAUAUUGACCUUUGGUUUGGCGGGUCCUGCGUAAAGCUUUGUGGAACCUCAUAUAGAACAUGCAGAACAUAACAGGAGACGUGGUCAGCAUGAUCCUGCUCUGAGUCAAGUUAUUUUUCUGUGUCAGUGAUUGGCAGGUAUAUUACAGCAACAAUAUGAAAUAGCUGGUGAGCAUGGAACAAAAUGGCUACAGCUGUGCUGGGGGCGGGGAAGACAUCAACACUUGAUUAUAUUAAUUAAUGUGGGAAGCACCUUCGUGGGGCUGAGUCCUGAACUGUAUACGAGCGGAGAGAGUGAGCCAAGAGCACAUCUCAAUUUAAACUAGCCAUGCAGACAGGGCUCACGGGCCACCCAGGGGACAGAGACACAGGAUGCUAACUUGGCAGAAUCCCAAUGGCACCUGGAGAACCAGCGGAGCCUGUGGCAGCCGUGUGAUUGGAGCUUCGGGAAGUGGUGGCUGCGUUUGGAAGCAGAGCUUGCCCAGCUAGACGACAAGAUGCUUCGCGCCCCCAAGUGCUCUAGGUGCCGGAACCAUGGCUAUCUGGUACCAGUCAAGGGCCAUACGGGCAAAUGCCGCUGGAAGCAGUGCAUCUGUGACAAGUGCUACCUGAUCACCGAGCGCCAGAAGAUCAUGGCUGCCCAGAAGGUUCUCAGAACCCAAGCUGCCGAGGAGCAGGUGGCGACCGUGGGCACGCAGGGUCCCCAGCUGCCUCCUAGGGCUCCAGCAGCGGCGGCCACCGCCUUGAGCUCCAGCAUUUGCCCACUGCCUAGGGCGGUUCCGGGAGGCGUUGGGCCAGGCCCCACGGCCACUUGCUUCCUCGAGAGGCCCCCGCAGGCCCCGAGCCCAGGCCCGAGCACCUUCCAGCUGGGCCCAAGUGGCCGCCCGGGCCCCAGCACCUUCCAGCCUGGACCAGGGGCCCCCGGGGGACUGCGCGACCGUUCCUCCGCGUGGCUGCCCCAGCUCAUGCCACAGGCGCCCAGGCCGGAGCUUUGCUACCCGGAUCAGCACCUGCCAGUGCGGCCCGUGCCAGUGCCAGGGCCAGUGCGGCCCGUGCCCCGACUGCCGUUCGCCGACUACGGGCAUCCUCUGAGAUUCAAGUCUGAUCAUGUGGUAGGAGCUGGGAAUCCUGAGAGAGAGCCGUUCAAGCAGUGCCCUGCCUGCGUCCCUGUUUCACCCUACCAGUCCUUUCCACUUUCGGAAGGCCAGGAUUCAUCCUCUGCUCUGGGGGUCCCUCAACAAAGAGGCUUCCGGCAUGUCUCCUGCAGCCCCUACCAUAGAAGCGGCUUGGUGUCAGAGCCAGCCAGAGACCUGCAGCCAACCUACUGCUCACCGCCGCCGCCACCACCGCCGCCACCUCCGCCACCACUACCAGCACCCCCACCCCAGCCACAGCAGCCCCACUUCCUCCCACCAGGCUACCUCUCUGCUCUCCACUUCCUGCCACCGCCGCCACCGCCACCAUCUCCACCAUCUUUCUCGCUGACCUACGAUACAGACAAGGAGAAUACCAAUGACCAGGAUGCAGAAGCACCCACCGAGCCCAGCCAGGACUCUCCCCAGGAGCAGUCCAACUAAGCUGCAGGCCACCUGGAAGGCCACCGGGUGGGGACGGGCAUAGAUGGCGGGGGUUAUUUUUUCACCAUGUUCAUGUUAUAUAGGAGAAAGGAUACUGAUAGGUGUAAGAAGGCAGCGAAUUCCUACUCCAGGUUAGAAGGGCACAGGUGGUUUCCAAGGUUCUCUGGGUCCUGGGUGGGUGUUGAAGUGGUGUACAAAGGGAGAGAAAGUCUGGGAUGGGCAGGGCUUUUGAAGAGUGGGGGCUGGUGAAACACAAGUUUAGAAAUGAAUUUAACCAUCUGAGCCAUGUAUGAAAUUCACUUCUAGAGGUGGCCCCUGAUUUCCCCAAGCCUCACUCAGGACAGAAGGCACCAUUCAGUUCAGCCUUCUGCCCCCUUUGCCUGACCCCCAAGCCUGGGUACCGCAAACACCAAGGCCUCCAGACAGUGCAGGGCAGGUGCCAGGGCCUGAGAUGCUGACAGCAGGUUCUGCAGCAUCCACCUUUGCCCAACACUGCCUCUCGUCCUCUUCCAGAGAGUGAGCGUCCUGACAACUGAGCCACUUCACUUCCCUGGGAAACUCAAGCAUAGGUGUCCUUUCUCAUUUAAAAAUGUAGAUUUUAGCAUUUGAUGUUCUUAUGGUGGGGAACUCAUGGGCACUGCAGCAGUUCUCGGAGCAAAAAAAAUGGCCAUUUGUUCUCUGGGGACAGUAUUAAAUAAAGUGAGCAUUAGAAAUCCU